AUGAGUUCCUUUGUUAGCGUCCCACCUCAUCUAUAUCAUUUAGCCACGGGAGAAGAAAUAACGAUAAGGCAUGUAUUAGAGCGUAGUGUAUAUAGUAAUGAACGAAGUAAGGUCCGAGAGCUACUUCUGUCUAGUGGCGCACAUUCCAUUCCGGGUCUCUUGGAGGUGGCCAGUGAUCCAUCAUCUUCUGUUAUUUUUAUUGCAUUGAAAGAGGAUAAAUAUUCAGAACGUGGGUUUAUAGGCUUUGUGGUCGUUAACACAAGUUUUCUUGCGCAACAACGGGUUGUUGCUAUUAGUUGGGUUUACGUUCUUAGCCGCUUUCGCGGAAUAAAUGUGGGACGUUCAUUACUUCAACAUGUGGAAGCUUUUUCUCGGGUGAACUGUGUGGAUAUUAUAGAAGCAAUGCUCACGGAUGAUUGCACAAGGUUGUUUAAGCGGCAUGGAUUUCGUGCUACUUCAUGUCCCAUUGUUUUUAAAAAUAAAGCCUUGCAAAAGAGGGUUGUGUUGCACCCUGUGCCAUCUGUGCCUUCUUGCGUCACUAGUGGAGCUUUGAUUUUACGCCAUGCCAGGCAAGAAAGCAAAAAGCAGUGGAUUUUCUGUGUGUUGGAGGCAUGUGGAUACAACUUUGGCGGAUGUGACUUGAUACGUCAUAUUUUUGCGGCUGAAUUUCGUAUUGAGGUGGUUAAUGAAAAGGACGGUCGUAUUGUAGCGAUUCUGUCGAUGGACAGCACGGGAUGGAUCCCAAUUAUUGCGUGCACAAAGGAGUAUCAGGGGCGAGGAUUGGGGUCGUUUUUACUCUUUUUUGCAAUGGAAUGGAUGAGGAGACAGGGUGGCAACUCUGUUUCACUGUCUCCGUUGAACAAGAGUGUCGCCCACUUCUACAAGCGUUGGUCGUUCCGGGUGCUUUCAAAAGGGAGUAGGAAGAGAGGUCGCUGCUCAGACGACCACUCUGUCCUUAUUCGAGAAAUUGAUCCCAAUGGGCGCUAUCUUCCGGGCGGAUACUCAUUAGAAGACUUCCUUUCUUCCUCAACUCCACCAACAUCCUCGUCAGCGCACCAACAAGAAGGCGAAGGUGCGGAAAAGAAGUCUCCUUAA